ACUCCAAAAUGGAGUGGGGUUGGAGAAGAUUUUACUCCAUAAUGAUGUUUGGAGUUGAAAAUGGAGUAGGGUUGGAGAUGCCCUUACUCCAUUUUUAACUCCAAAAUGGAGUGGGGUUGGAGAAGAUUUUACUCCAUAAUGAUGUUUGGAGUUGAAAAUGGAGUGGGGUUGGAGAAGAUUUUACUCCAUAAUGAUUUUACUCCAUAAUGAUGUAACUCAAAGGUAAUACUACAUUAUUUUUUGUUAAAGGGUUGUAUAUUAUAUAUAUAUAUAUAAGCAUAAAAGCGAAAUGGACGAAAUUAUUCAUAUAUAUACGUAUAUUUACAGUUGUUCAAAAAAAAAUACACGUAUUUUACACACAUUUAUAUUCCCUUUUUGAAUAAGUCUAUUAAAAUUUUCUUUAAUUCAUAUUUACCGGAAAAGUCGAUCUCUUUUUAAAGUACUUGUAGUGUAACCGGAAAAGUCGAUCUCUUUUAAAAGUACUUGUAGUGUAAAGGUUCCAGUGAGAAAACAUAUAUAUAGUAUAAAAGUUGGAAUCUGAGAACACAAGAGAAACAUGAACAUCGAUUAGUGCCAUCCUUUUUCUUUUUCGUCUUCUCUUCUUUUUCCCUUACUCUCAUCUUUAACACUUUCUUUUUCGUUUUAUAACAUACGUGAAUAUGUUCAUUAAAAUGAAAUACUUCUAAAAUGUGCUUUGUCCAACUUUAUUUUUAUUUUCUUUUCAUUUAUGAUAAACAAGUACUUUUUUCCAAGGCAAUAUCUCCUCGACCAUUCUAUUAAUCGACAAAUAAAAUUGUUGACACUAUUCACUACCGAUAAGAAGGGAUAUUAAUGAUGUAAAUCGAUCCAUUUUGGGUUGCUAAAAUUGAACCGAACUAAACAAACAUCUAAAUACAAAUUAUAUAUUCCGUUUGGUUUAAACUCAUUAAGAUCAGAAUUAGAUGUUUGAUACCAACAUACAUGAACCCUUGUGGCUUACAUAAUCUUAAUACACCUCGGGAAUGAAUCAUUUUAAUGUUAACAUAAUUUGGAAAUUCUGCUUUCAAAAACAAAAAAGAAUAAUUUGGAAAUUAUUUAGUCGUUCUGCAAUUUCAUUAUUUAAGAGAAAAAUAGAUCAUUUACAUCAAUUUAUACGACAAAACCAUUGCAUCGAUUGAAAUAAUAUACGUUACACAUCCUUAGGGCAUCUCCAUCCCUACUCUAUUUUUUCUUCUAAAAUAAAGUAAAAAUAAAUAUGGAGUAAGGAAUUCUCCAACCCAACUCUAUAUCUCAUUCCAUAAUAAAAUUUACUCCAUAAAUGGAGUAAUCUAUUUUUUGUUUAUUCAUCACCUUAUUAUGGAUUGGGAAAUAGAAUAGAGUUGAAAUUAUUUUAUUUUAUUUUCAAUUUUACUCCAUUUUGGAAGAAAAAAUGAAGUUUUAUAUUGGAGAUGCUCUUAGAACGUUAUUGAGUUUUUUUUUUACUUUUCAUAACGUUAAUAACAACAAUAUAAUCUUCGUCGGAUGAAAUUUAAAUCUCUCAGCAAAGAAUAAAUAAAACGAAUGAAGAAAAUGGAAGGAUGACCAGGAACACCUGGAAAUAGAGAAACACCUGGAAAUAGAGGGCCACAAGAUGAUGUGUGCCUUUGAAUUGAAAGCUGAUUCCAUAUUUACUAUCUAGGCUAUUUUCAUCACUUCUCCUUUUCUACGCAACACACUCUACUCUCUUUCUCUUAGGCGACUUUUUCCAACUCCAAAUCCUUUUCACUUAUAAGAUUCAAUGAAAUAUUAAUGUAAGGUAUUCGCAUCGCAUGUAACCAUAAUACUUCAAAUUAGAUCAUAUUAACACUACUAAAAACCGUCUCUAAAAUGGGAUGAUAAAGAAAUAUAAAAAUACAAGAUAUAGGUUAAUAGUCGUACUAACGACUGAUAUAUAUAUAUAUAAACAUUAAUAACUUUAACAAAUGUAUGGUGGCCUAGUGAUAAUUCAAAGUGGGACUGGUUUUUUCUUUGCUGUAAAUUCAAAUCUUUUUGGUAUAUGAAUUUUUUUCCUAAAUCAACUAUUUAAAGAUUGAUUUCUAGCACUAGAGAUUAUGGAUCGCCAGUCUAGAACUUCCAUAGUUCUUAAAAUGCAAGUUAAUAUGUUUUGUAUUUUCUUGAUUUGUUACUCAUUAUUUCUGAAUUUCAAAGAAAUUAUCUUAUAUAAUCAUAAAAUUUUGCAUUUUAAUUUCUUUUUUUUUUGUGCAAAACGAUUUCAUUAAACUUAAAGGGGGUUACAUGCAAUGCAUGUAACAUCAACUUGAAUUUUAAUUUCAUAUUGAAGAAUUGGCAUCAAACAACUGUGGUCGAAUCCUACUCAAUUUGCUGUCGACUCAUGUUUCCAAAGAUAGAAUCAUCUUAAAAUGGUAGUCAACUACUAUGAAAAUAAGAAGUAAUGGAUGAUUGAUUCUUUCUGCUAAUUUUAAAUAACUCUGAUAUAUAUCGAUAUGGAGAAUAGUGAGGUUUUAGUUAGCAAACAAAGGGAUAAUUAGGUUUUGAAUGUUGAAUUAUAUAUUUUAUUUUUUUGGUGACACAAUCUCAAUUCAGAAAUACAUAUUAAAAAAUAAUGCCCUUGCACGCACACAAACAUCUUUUAAAAACUUUUCUGGAUAAAAUCGAAACAAUAUUGAAUGAGUUAGUUUAUCUAUAAAACCCAUUUUUAUCCAAGAAAAUGAAACCAGUUAUAACACUAAUCUUAGUCACCGUAGUUCUAAUUAUUCUAACUGAUUGCACUUGUCAAAGCAUCUCAAACUCCGUUUCAUAAUUUACUGCAAAAUUGAAUAAUGGAAAAACAAAAAGAGAUUAUGGAAUGAUUUUUUAUCUUUUGUUUAUAUUCUAUUUUCUAUUCCAUUUUUAAAAUAAAUUAUGGAGCAGAGAUAGAAAUGCCUUUAUAUUUCUAUACCGCUUGUUUGACGUUCAUGUUCCAAGCUUUAUAAGAAACUUAUUUAAUGUCACUAUUCUAAAAAUUUUGAUAAAAAGUCAUGAAAAGUUAAACAGCAUUAUUCCAGAAACCUUUUUGAUAAAAUAUACGGAGACUGUACUGAAUAGUGUAUACACAUUUUUGAAGAAAAAAGGAAAAAGAAUACGCACAAUUUGUAAGCUGAUAUGGAUCGAUGUAUCACAUAUCUUUGAAUGCAGUAAGCAAUAAAUGUGCCUAACAUAUUCUUUCAUACUAUAUGUAUUCUCCCUACUAACAAGACUAUUGCUUUUCUCUUCUUUCCCACGAAAACGAUAUAAUAAUAACGUUUUCAUAAAUCUUUUUAGAAAGUGAAAGAAAAAAAAUCUUCAUCCUAUAAACGUCUCUCCUCUCUUUCAUUACUGCAAGAAACUUAUUCACAACUCUCCUUCUCUAUCUCUCUUCUCGUUUUAAUGGCCUCCCACAAUUCCCAAGGGAUUAAACUCUUCGGCAAAACCAUAACAUUCAACGCUAAUAAUCUCACACAUACGAUUAAAAAAGAAGAGCAGCAACAACAGCCAGAGAUACAAACAAAAUCAGCCGUUGGAUCACCAUCGUCAUCAUCAGAUCUAACGGCCGAGAAGCGUCCAGACAAGAUCAUAGCAUGUCCGAGAUGCAAGAGCAUGGAGACAAAGUUCUGUUACUUCAAUAACUACAACGUUAAUCAACCAAGACACUUCUGCAAAGGUUGUCAGCGUUACUGGACCGCCGGUGGGGCUCUCCGGAAUGUUCCCGUCGGCGCCGGUCGUCGGAAAGCCAAGCCUCCGGGUCGUGUCGGUGGGUUCGAAGAGUUGCUUGGUGCUGCGACUGGAACCGGUGAUCAGGUCGAGCUUGACGCUUUGCUAGUGGAAGAGUGGCGAGCAGCGGCUUCUCACGGUGGUUUCCGGCAUGAUUUUCCGGCGAAGAGACUCCGUUGCUAUACCGAUGGUCAAUCUUGUUAAUUUUCUUUUCGUAUCAUUGGUUCUUGUUUCGGGUUUGGGUUUGGGUUUUGGAUUUAACCCGGUAGAAAGAACGUGGUUAUGUUUGCUUUUGAUUUGCUUACUGGAUACGUACAGGCUAGCAACAAAAAUUAACUAGUUAAUUAAUUAAUUAGGAGGUUUAAGUACUUGCUUCUCUACUUAACAGCUGUCGCUUUUCUUUUUUAAUUUUUCUUGUUGAAAACUUUAGUUGUAAAUUCAAGCUCGUGGGAUUUUUCUGCUAUAAAAGAAAGACGGUGUUGUUGACCAUUAAUUCUUUUAAACUGCUUAUUUCAAGAUCUGAAUAGUAUAAUUAAUUAACGCCGAUCAGAUUAGCUUCAAGGAUAGUAUUAUUGCUCAUCAAUCUCUUUUUGUCAACUUUUACUCAUCUCAUUAACCAAUAAAAAGUAUACUUUUCUGAUCUAUGUACAUUUCAAUUAGUUUAAGUGUACGUAAAGUUAAUCGAAGAUUUUGGACAUUAGUCUAGUAGUAUAAUUUUAAACCAAGAAACCUCAUUCAAUUGGGCAUUUAAGUUUUCACUUUUUCAACAACAAACAAACAAUCACUGACCUACAAAAAUAGCAGUAUAUAGUUUGUUUUUUUUAACUGUGAAUGAAGAUAUAAUGAACAAAAGUGGGACAUUUCUAAAUGUUGUAUUUCCAUCAAGACCACUAACGACUAGAAAAAAAGAGAGAGAGUAAAAUGCAUUCAGAAGAAUAGCAAAAAGUAGUACAUAACUUUUUGAAUAGUGAAAAAAACAUCUAUAGUGAAGUAUAAAUAGGAAAUGACCCUCACUUCAUUUUACUAUUUUCAAUUCUCUGGUGCCACUGGAUUUAAUUAAAUGGAUUUUGUUAAUUUGGUGAUAGUGUAUUGUGUUUUUUCCAUCAAUUUAAUGGGCCUUCGUUUUGUUUUGAACUUAAAUAGACUUAAAUGACUUAUAUCUAACCAUUUCUAAUCUCUACUCUAACAUAAAUUUGGACUCAUAUUCAUACUCAUAUUACACAUAACCACAAACUUAAUAAACACAUGAAAUUCUUUAAAACGAAAUCGUAACAAGAGUUUAUUUAAUCCAUUGCCAAAUUCACUUUUGAAUAACUUGAAAACCAAAACUAAUAUAUGACUUUAAUAUUGUAACUCUAAAAAUAUUUAUAAACCGGACUUUGUCUAUUACAUUAAAUAUCCCGAAGGUUUGUUUAAUCUAUUGCUAAAUUCACUUUCGAUUAGAAACCAUUCGGUUUGCCUAUUUAUUAAAUUAUAAACAUUAAAUGUAGGGGAUUAUUAUGUUAAGUAAUAUAGAUAUUUAGAUAAGAACUAAAUUUUCAAGCAAAAAAUCGAAAUUUAUAAAGAUUGGGAAAAUUGCCAAAAAAGAACAAAAAACAAGGUUGUUGUCCCCUUAGUAUAAAACCAACAUAAAGUUGUCUCAAUAGUAUAAUUUUUUUCAUAAUCUCAAAACUAACCUUAUAUUUAAUCUAAUUAAACACAAUUUAAAAGUUAAUUCGAAUUUUUCUAAAAAAGUUAAUGGAAAAAAGGAAAAAAAACAUUUGAAAGGCAAUCGUAAAAAAAAAAAAAGAAAAAGGGACAAGAGUUUGUGAGAAGAAUCAAAAGAAAAACUAUGGAAAAACCAUAGAUUGAUGAAGAAGAGAAGGAAGAAUCGUUUUUUUUAAAUUUUUUCAAAUAAAAUCGACCAUAACACGUUUUAGGAAGUUAUAAUAUUUUUAGGAGAUUUUUAGAAUAUUUCUUUAACUGAAAUUUCAUUAAUUUUCGCAAAAAAAUCAGAUGUUCUUAUCCGUAGAAGGCGACUUCUAAAAGUUUAGAAGAAUGAUAAAAAUUCUGAAUACACUUUCUACUUUGAGUAGACGUAAGAGUACAUUGUAGAAAAUACAUUCUCCGAAAUUUAGAAUACUUUAUAAAAGUAGAAGAUGCAUUCGAAAGGAAAGUGGAUACCUUUACGAUUAGUAGAAUGCACAUUCCUCUUUUUUGAAAUUUAGUAAAUAGUAAAAUGGGCUUUCUAAAAGAAGUAGAUAAUUGUGUUUAUUUUAGAAAUCGUUUUCUACUAUACCAUUUUUCAUAGAAGACACAUUCUAUUUAUAGUAGAAUGUAUUUUAAAAAUCUUAUUUACCAAGUUUUUGAACAAAAGAAAAUUACCAGCUUGUGUAUAUAGAUGUUUUAUUAAUUGUUUAUAUUUUUAAUAAUUUUUUUGAUUAACAAAAUUAUUUAUUUCAUUAGGUUUCAGAAAUACAAAGGGUAAAAAGGAGAAAAAAUUGGUUUUAUACCCAAGGGACAACAACCUUAUUUUUUUGUUCUAUUUUAGCAAUUUUCCCAAGAUUUGAUGCAAUUUUCUUUGCACCUAUCAUUAAAACAAUAUAUCGGAUAAUAUCAAUUCCAAACUAUUAAGAAAACAACUAAUUAUUCCUUAAAUCUUUAAAUAUCUUAAUUACUUAACAUAAUACUCCCAUACAUUUAAGGUCUCACAUUUAUGAUAAAUAUCAAAAUACUUCCUAACACAGUUUUUAUUAUGAUUAUAUAAUUUAUUUGAUAUUAUAGAUAUUUUUUUUCAUUUACAGAUUCUACAACCUAUGAAAAAAAAGAUUCAGGGUUUUUGCCUAAAAUACAUAAGAAAAAGUUUUGCUUUAUUUUUUUGCUAUAGCUUUAAAAGUAAAGGUAAAGCAUGAUUGGUAAAACUAAAUAAAAACUUGAUGUAGACUUUAAUUUUUAAAAGUAAAGCUACAACAUGAUUGGUAAAAUUUAGUGGUUUAAAAAUAAAUAAAGCUAAAGUAGGGAGAUAAAACUCAACCAAUCAUCCCCAAUGUAGCUCUAUAACCUUACAUUUACCUAACUAGACAAUCAAAAUUUAACCACAAAAAUCUUUCACAAAUAUUCCAAACAUUAAGUAUAUUUCUUAUGUUCAUCAGAUUUUCUAUUGCAUGAACAUAUUUUAAAAAUUUGAAUUCAAAUUUACAAAUAUACAUAAAUUUUCUAAUACUAUUUUUGAUCUGUAACUCAAUAAUGUUAAUAAUCUAAUAUGGACUUAUGCAUUUUCUAAAUAUAUACACAAAAUAUAUUAAAAUAUGUAAGUGAAUGAGUAUAAAAAUAUAUCAAAUAUUACUUUUAUGGCUAUAAAAUUAAAAAAA